CAGCUUCAAGAAGAAUUCCAGGGAUAGAUUGUCCUUGACUUCGGCAACAAGAUGCCGCUCAUCAUUCUCACGGGUCUGCCUACGUCGGGCAAGUCGACGCGGGCGAAGCAACUACAUGACUAUCUCACCGCCCGCAUAGCCGGAACAAAGUACCGGCUGCAUCUGGUAUCAGACGACUCUCUUUCGAUAUCCCGAUCUGUAUACGAUCUCUCUACGGUGCCGGUGCACGCAAGAUCAGCAAAUGCGAGCGAAAAGAAUGCCAGAGCAGCCAUCUACGGAGCUGUCAAGAGAGUUCUGAGCGACAAGGACAUUGUCAUUCUGGAUGGACUAAACUACAUCAAAGGCUGGCGGUACCAGCUACACUGUGAAGCGAAAGCGGUCCGAACCCCGAGCUGCAUUCUGCAGAUUGGAUGCUCCAAAGAGCGCGCACAGCAAGUCAACGAAGACAGGUUAAAACGAGACCAGGCUGCUGUCGAGCAAGAGGGAAGCGAGGCACCAAGCGACACCACAGAGGCAUAUGCGCCAGCAAACUGGGAGAAUCUAGUCUUCCGCCACGAAGAGCCCAAUCCCAUGACUCGCUGGGACAGCCCUCUGUUUACAGUAAUAUGGGAAGACGACGAGGAACAAGUAAAGAGAACGUUUGAUUCUCUCUGGGAGGCGAUUGCUGGAGAAGGCCGCAAGAUUAUCAAGCCAAACCAGGCCACAGAGCCACGCGGGCGCGAUGCGAGUGGCGAUUACUUAUACGUGCUAGAUCGUGAAACACAAGACAUUGUGAAGCGAAUCUUGGAUCAGCAAGGCGACGAUGGCGGCGGAGAGGUCAAAGUGCCCCUUGGCACCGGUGGCAAGAAGGAUCUUGUUAUUGAGCUGCCGGCGGCGAGAAAGGUUGGCUUGCCAGAGCUGCAGAGACAUCGCAGGGCCUUUAUGGGGCUGAACAGAGGGGGGAUUGGGCUGGAGAAGGUGACGAACAUGGCUGCCGAUUCGCUACGGGAGUCGUUUGUCAACUAUCUCAAUAAUACAUUUGAAAGCGAGUAGGAAGUUUAAAGAAGCCUCAGAGGAUGGCGAUAAGCCCGUGUAUACGGGCAGCCUGGGUUUUAAGUGUGUUGCAAUAUAGGAGAGAGCUCAGACCCAGCAUAUUACGUUUUAGGGUAGGCGAUAUUGGAUAUGCCACGAGCGACACAUGGGCGGCCAUGAGACUUACCACGAUGGUUGUGUAUUGGCUUAUAAGGGCAAUGGCUUACGCUGGGUGGAUGCUUGAUGCAAGUGGUCGUGGCUGAAAAGAGAAGCUUGGAAUACAGGCAGCGAGAAACGAAGUCAGACUUACAGC